AUUGCGACAUCACUUGUCGGCGACAGCAAGUAAGAAGUGAAAAAGCAAAACCAUACUCGCUCAUAAUUAAGGCAAUUGUGGCAAUUGUGUUCCGAUGACAAAACACUACAAACUCAUUUGAGUUUUUCAAUUAUAAAAUCGGACGGACUGUUAAACRACAUUACCAGCGCAAAGGAAGCAGAUGAGAAACGUGAGCGCUUUGGGACGGUUGUACGAGCAAACUAUUAUACGGCUUACAUUCCAGUAGCAUAAGCUUUGAUAGCGGGGUGGGGUGAAGAGCAAAAAUCAUACGCAGAUGUGUCUACCAAAGAAUUUGAAUGGUUCCACGAUCCAGAAAAUCGCAACAACUGUCGGUAAUAUACUAUGCUUGAACUUUGGCAUCAUGCUCGGCAUUACGCCAGCGCAUAUUAGACUCUACAUGGACAAAAAGACCCCCUUGAACCGCGUCGCCGACGAUGUUGAAGCAACUUGGAUCAACAGUAGUAUUUUUGCCAGCGCUGCUUUGAGCUCAAUCGUAUGCGGUUUCAUUGUAGGAAAAAUUGGACCCAAAGCGGUGCUUCUCGUCAGCGGUCUUCUGCAAAUCUCCAGUUGGUUUUGUAUGCAUUUCGCAUUCGACRUCUUACACAUCUAUUCGUCCCACAUUAUGGCUGGAACGGCUGCUGGCGCCGCCCUCAUAGCUUUACCUAUAUUCAUAGCGGAGAUAUCUGAGGAGACCAAUAGCGGCGCCCUGAUUGUAACUAUCGAGCAGUGGCGUACAUUGGGUACACUUAUCGGUUUUCUGCUUGGCCAACACUUGCAAUACGAUUAUGUGGCGGUGGUGGCGGUGUGUAUCUCCUGCGUCUUUACCAUGAUGUUCCCGUUUAGUCAGGAGAGCCCGUACUUUUACAUGCGGAAGGGUGAUGUGACCAGGCUGGAGAAGUCUUUGCGCUGGUUUCGGGGUGUGCGUAGUAUAGACGAGCGCAACCGACCUGAGUUUUUACGCGAAUUGGAAGAUUUCAAGAGCAACAUGGACAAUCAGUUUAUAGCAGAAGAGCUGGUGCCUCGUGCGUAUUUGUGUAAGGCCACGCUCUGUACCCUGUUCUUGUUUGUGGGUGUGCAUUUGAGUGGUAUCUACGUGAUAUUAGCCAGGUCGAACCUGAUAUUUAUAGAUGACGUCUUCGUYCAGUUUCCCACGGACGUAAGUGUKUUGAUUUUCGCCCUCGUACAAUUUGUGGCAGCUACAAUGAGUGUYUGGCUCGCCCCAAUAGCUAGGAGAAGGAUUCUCUUAUUUAUUUCGGCACUGAUCUGUGGCUUUGCGUCGAUUAGCUUGGCGGUUUGCAUGACGUUAGAAGUGAACGGUCAAUUGCGAUGGGUYGCCUCCGUGUUAUUGCUGCUACAUGUGUUUUUUGCUAACUUGGGCUUGUACCCGUUAAUUUUUCUAAUUCCUCGUGAAAUGCUGGCCACGAAGUUGCGCGUUACCUUAACGAGUCUUUCCUGGGGCCUCUCAUGGCUAAUGACUUUUAUUUUGAUACAGUAUUUUCAGUCUUUUGAAUCGACAAUUGGACUCUAUGGAUAUUUCAUCAUCUUUGGUGUUGGYUGUGUCAGCGUUGCGCUCUUGGCUCUAUUCGCGCUUCCGGAGACGCUGGGAAAAUCMCUCGAAGAGGUGCAAAAUAGGUGGGGGCUCGAAAGUCAGACAGGGAUUUCGAAAAGCAAUGUGCCACAGCGCGGGCAUAUCCAUUUAGAGCGUUACUAAGGUACUUAUACGAAUCUUGAGCCAAGAAAGGUAUGUGUGCAUACCAUAUAUUUUUUAACGAAAAUUUUGUGUAAUCUAAUUAUAUGUAAUAGUUYAUUAAAUACAUAAAAACAA